CGUACGGUAAGCUGUAUUGUAUGCACGAAAGACUGUUUAAGAUGCCAGAACGAGUAACUGCUCGUCAUUCGAGGCCAUUGAGGAGGCCUGUUAUAAAGAUGGAGCACUUCUGCACAACCCAGCCACCUGCUCCACCAGCUGUCUCCAGAAUAGAAUGUAUGUUGAGGCAGGAAAGGCAGGAAAUACUCAAGGACUUAAAUCAGCCCAACAUGCACACAGCAUGUGAAUCUCAUUGGGUGACUACUUAUAUGGAGAGCUAUGGUCCCCAGGGAGAUUUACCUCGUGCUAUAAGGACAAUGAAACCGCCCUUUCAAAACACUCCUGAACGAUGUCCAGUGUACCAGGCCAACUACGGUCGUAAGAAAAAACAGAAUCUAUUGCCAUCUUCAGCUGAGAAAAACACCACCGGUUGCUUCCAGUGUAUUAGCGAGUCUAAGUGGAUGACUCAUUAUACAGAAAACUUUGGUUUUCAGCGAGUUGUCCAGCAAAAACCCCCCAAAAAAGUUUGGACUUCAACUUUUAAGACUACACCUGACACUCUGUUUGUGGACAAAUAUCGGCGCACGGAGUACCAGGCUGUCUACGGUCCCAAGUUCCGGACAGCACAUUUCAACACUACGCUGUACAGACAGAUCCACGGAACAGCUUAAAUGGGGUCUCCACAGCGGAUCAUCCGUCUCCAUACACCCCUGUCCUCUACAUCUGCCUCUUUCAUAUUUAAAUAAUAAUAAUAAGUAUAAAUCUUAUAAAACUAUUUUGGGGAAAAACAGAUAUUGUGAUUUGAUUCAUAUUACUUUAAUUGUUGUUUUUUUUUAAUGAAAACAUUUAAUAUGAAAAUUUCUCUGUA